CCCGUAUUGGAUGGUCUGAGCAGAGCACAAGACAACCAACUACAGCCUCAUCAAAAGCUGCACUCCGCCAAUACCGCUUCAGUGUCGGGGUCGGAGUUAUCGUGGCGAAAAAGAGGCAAGACGGGAAGGAGUAUGUGUUAAUGUGCGCAUGAAGCGGGCAGCCGACCGGUCCGCCACUCCCAAUUCGAGUCCGACUGACCGGCAGACCGCCACACUUACACGCAAGACACGCACGGCCCCACGACAUAUGGAUGGCAUGCACGGCACACAAUACCCAUGGAUGAGUCAAUCAAGAAACAGAUCAUUUGCAUCAGCAUAAAAAAGCAGAGAGAUGGAAGAAUCUAAUUGUCAGCUGACGCGUAAGUGAAGACCCACAGACAUGCCCGCUUCGCAUGUGUGUGUCGGAGAGCACUCAUGCAUCGCCAGCACAGCAGAAGCACACUUGGACACAGUCGAAAAAGAAGUCGAAAAGACGCAUGUAUAUGUGUUGGUGUGCACAAUGUAUACGUGUGUUGGUGCGCACAAAUACACGUGGAAGACAAAGAUAGACCUCCCCCUCUCAUGUAUGCGCGUGUGUCAUCGGACAAGUGUUCUGAGUGUUCUGCUGCGCAGAGGUGUCGUCCUCAGGGUUUGGGGCCCCAGGUAUAGAUCACCUUCCACGUUCCGACAUUGGCCGCAGAGACUUUAUGUCCACGCUCGUAGGGACGUAGCUCGUCCAGCUCGUGCAGCUCGACGCGGAACCGGUGGUUCUCAUCACGGCCUCCGCAGAAGGGCCAGUCGUCUUCCCUGAUAUGAAUCUGAAGAACAUCCAAUGAACAGAGGAACAUCAGCAAUCUGAAAUGGAUUGUACGCAUUGCUCUACUAUGACCCGAAUGGGCAUCUUCUGGAAGCGAGUAUAACAGAUCCGUCUCCACCCCAAGGGCCAAUUCCUUCCAUGUGGAUUAGCUGGCAAUCAAUACACAUCGAUCAUGCCAUAUGACAGGCAAUCAAUGCAAUCAAUGCGCGUUACCUGUGUCGACGAAGUUUCGAUCGUCGGCAGGCUCGAAGUACGACCUGUAAGUUUGCUCUCCCCCUUGUCCAAUUGGGAGGCCCCCCAAGCCAAUCGUCACGCUCAUGUGGUACUCAUUUUCACCCCCACAAUCAUUUGCCGACUCCAUGACAUACAGGUUGGCCCACGUACAAAACUCAUGAUGUUCAGCACUUGUAGUGUUCCCUAGAGCGUCGUGAGGGGGGGGGUUCCUGGGGUUGUCUUCUCCUCCACCAUCCGGAAUGAUAUCAUCGAUCUCGAUCUCAAACUGAGGAAUUGUAUUCUCUGUGCACAGACACAGACGAUCAUCAAAGCACGUCAUUUUGGAUGCUCGUCCUCACCCCGGGACAUUUCAUCGGUCGGAGCGGACGCCUCGCCGUUCUCAAUGGGCAUGCUUUCACCGUAGGACAUGCCGUUCCUCUUGGUGGUAGUGGAUGGCUCAUCGCUGGAGUCCGGGGCGGCGGUGGUCGGAGCAGCGGUGGUGGUCGUGUCUCCGUAACCUUUGCAUGAGCAAGAAAGACCAGAGAAAGAAGGAAUGAGCUGACCAGUUGCAUGGCAGUAAUGCCGCUAGGUGGCCCAUGUCGCUAGACCUCAAUCACCUUGGAACUCAUGUUGGAAGUCCUCGCAGUUUAAUUGCAGCUCACCCAGGUCUUCUGUCUUGCCGCACCCAUCAUUGCCUGUCGUCUUGGCUUUGAUCUCGACCUUGCUCGGUGCGGUCUCCUUGUAGACAGCGCAGAGAGUCUCCCGCAGCCAUGUGUCGAGGGGAGAGCUGGCCUUGUAAUCCUCCUCCACUUUCUUAUUCGAGUAGUGUCCCGGCUUGCACACCGAUGGGAUCCCCACAGGUAUAUCCUUGGUUGCCCAGUGCUCCCUCAUGCACUCGUGGGCGACAUCUCGCGCUCGCCGACGACAGCGAUCCGGAGCAUACCAGGGACAUUCUCCCUCGGCGGUGAAGCGACCAAUCUUCUUGUUUUCCAAGCCCGCCUCAACUGCGUAUCGCACACACAAGGAAGACAGGCAAACAAUGAUCGACAUAGCCGCGUAUGUGGCUGUUCUGUGAUAUAUAUUGGCAUCGGACUUACGAACGCGAGCAUAAUAGAAUGCCGUGCAGUGGCGCUCUGACGCACACGCAAAAGUACAUAGAGAACAGCCAUGUUUCCUUGUUUAUAUCUGUGAAUACAUACUGAUCUCUUGCGUCGCAUUCAGAGCAGGCGCGUUGUCGCCCUCGGCCGGCGAAUCCUCCAAAGACAAGUCAACCUGGUCACCGUCUGCGCGAAGAAGGAGCAGCAACGGAAGAACAAAGAAAACAACAUCAAAGCAAGCAAUUCUCGGCGGCCAGUCGUGCAGUCAGCUCACCCACCUUCAGGCGGCAGUCUCCGGAGCUGACAGUUGGCCACGGCCAGGGCGAGGACCAGCAGCCCUGGCACGCGCACCAUCAUCACGAGAGAGAGGCAGGGAAGCUAGCGGCUCAGAGA